CGGAUCAUCUCUUCUCAAAUAUUCAUCAUAUUUCUUCAAUUUCUUGCUAUUUUUUGGUCACAAAUCUUGCAAAUCUUCUCUCCAUUUGAUUACAUGGCAGGAGGUCAACGAAAGAGAUCCCACACUGGCAAGAACGUGGCUUCUUCCUCAGCUCCUCCACCAUCGACACACAAGUACCUCAACGGGUCGUUCCUUUGGUUCAACGACCGCACAGAGGCUACGAGGUUCUUGGAGAAGUUUGAGCACCGGGAGAUUCUUCCUCCCCGGUUCUCCACCGGCCGAUUCAUUCACAGCGCCAUCCCUCACGAGGCACGGGUUAUCCACGAGCGUGGACGCUUCCUCGACCUCCUCUACAUCAAGAAGAAUGACUACCACCCUUUUCUUGUUCGAGCCUUCUUCUCGAACUUGAAAAAGGAUGAGGACGGUUCGUUGAUUUCCAACAUCAACAGGGUGGAGAUCUAUUUGAAUGAGGAGAACAUUCAAAUUCUCACCGGGCUUCAUCGGGACGGACAGGAUCUCGGCCUCUAUGUGGGAGAAGAGAAGUUCAACCACACCACUCUCUCCCAAGAGGACACAAAGACGCUUCAUGCGAUGAUUCACUACGCCAACAUCAAUUGGUGUAAAUUUGUGAUGACUCACAUGUUCAAUGCCACCUCCGACAACCGGCCGCUUCCCUAUGCUCUUCUUGUCAAGGCGAUCCUUGAUGAGUUCCACAUCAUGACGGAUGUCGGGCCAAAAUGCAAAGGGACGAAGCAUUGGGAGAUUAACGAGUCCUCCUUCCACCCGGGAACCGAUGAAGCUACGUUCCCGCAGCCUCGUCCUCGCCGCCAACCAAGAGCCACUGCCUCGACCACCACCGCUUCAACCAACCCGUUUAUUGUCGAGCAAAUGGCCGCCUUGACCGCCACCCUCUCUCGGAUAGACACCAACGUCUCCAAAACGGCACAAAAUGUAAAUAUUGUGAGCCGUGAGCUUCACGGGUAUUUUGACUUUGUCAACUACCCCUACGCUCAAUUGGUCCCUUACGUUCCUCCGCCAAACCUCGGUGGUGAACCAAGUGGGACUAACAACGUUGGAGGAGAAAAAGCGGUGAAUGAUGAAGAUGAAGUAGAAGAAGAAGAGGAAGACGAAGAAGCUGAAGAAGAAGAAGAAGAUGAUGAUGAUGAUGGCAGCGGUGAUGGAGAGGAAGAGGAAGACAUCGACGAAGAACAGCUUCUUGAUGACCUCUCACAUGACUUCUAGAGCUCUAGCUCUUUUUCCUUGUAUUCUUUAUUUAUUAUAUUUUUUAAAUAUAUGCUUCCGUUAUGUACUCCUCUAUUUCCCUUAAAUAAUUAAUAAAAAUCUUUAUGGUUUUUGUUAUUAAAUCUUUUUGUUAAUG